UUGUUAAAUGUUAGAAAUGUCAAAAUGAUGUUAAGACUUAAGAUGUGAAAUCCAUCUUUGGGUCAUUUGAACUGAUAACAAAACAUUAUCACAUAUUGAAAAGUGACUUGGUGUUGUGGAUGUGACUUGACUUUUGUGUUUGUUUUGUGUUCUCGAAACCGGCUAAAGAAACGCCCUCUUUCUACGAAUCAUCCGUUUAUGAUACUAUCGACUUAAAUAAAUAAUAAAACUAAUCAAAAUGGAUGAAGAUAUGCGACUCUUUAUUAGUGAUUGGUUGAAAGAUGCACAAAAUGACGGAUGGAGCAAAGCUUUGUCAUCCAACUCUGACAUGAUGGAAGCUAUCUUUAGUCUCAUUGAAGAAUGGAAAAGCAAUAAAGAUUUAUUCAACAUUCUGUGUAUACGCCUCUUUGGGUACUACCGUGAAAGCAAUAUGGAAUCAAAAGUGUUCUCAUUGCAAUUUGUCCCUAGUCUCAUCUAUUCUUAUUUAAGUGCAAUUGCACAAGGAGAAAGAAAGGAUGCAGGAAGUAUGCAAACAUUUUUGUUAGCAAUAUACAAUUUGGAGGCUGGUGGAGAAGCCCAAAGUCCCAAGACCCAUUCUUUCAGAGUACCAAACAUUGCACAGCCUUCUAUCUACCAUGAUACUUCAGCCAUAGCCUCAUCUUCCCUGACAGAGUCUGCUUUAAAGAGGCUAGAUCCAACCAACCGAAUUACGGUCAAAUUUGGUCCCCACCCACACUUGAACAGCUUCAAUGCUGAGAACCGCCUUCCCGCCAUGGCCGCCUUAUUACGCAUUUACUCCAACUACCUAUCUAUGUAUUCGAAGAGCACUUUAUCCGAAACUUGCAUGGCCUUUCGUCGGUUGGUAGCUCAGGGCUACACGCGUAAUUCCGAAGGCUCGCCGCGAAUUCCAUUGUCCUCAAAUUUGUUGGUCGAAAUGCUCCAUCUGAUCUACUCACUGACUCCAUUACCCAUAAUUACCAACGACACCUUUGUUCGAUUGCAUUCUCCUCCUCCAACACCGGUCGCUAGCAUGGAAGAUGAGGACCUUGCUAGUGCAGCCAGACAAACGCUAGAAGCUGUGCAACGUCGAGUAGAAAUGGAGUUGAUGGCUGCACCAAUCUUAGUGAGUGCCGCCAUGGCCGAUUCGUCUCAUCUUAGCAUUAGAGGUGAACAUAGUUCGCCCCAAUUAAUGAGCACCGGCGCAAACGGUGGCUCAGCUCGGGCCAUGUGGAAAUCCAUGAUAACGAACGCUUCAUUCCGAACCAAGAAACUCCCAGACGAUAUUACGGUCGCACAGGUAGCAGAGGCCGCUGCGGCUGCAGCAGCUGCUGCCGCGGCUACUCCAGCAUCGUCAUCUCAAUACCAGACUUCACCGGCAAUUCACUUAGGAGCCAUCACGGAAGAGAAUGAUGAACCGAGCAGUGGAGGCGGAGGCAAAAGCAGUUUCCGACUAUCGGAGCUCGUCAAAAAGAAGAGCAAGCCAAAACCGGCAAGAAAUAAGGCUAAUAAUAACGGUGGUGUCAUCCAAGACGGCCAUCACGCGGCCGAAAGUAACGGUGUCAUAUCCAGUUCUACUGACCGAAACAGCGACAGUGAAACUAAAGAAGAAGCAGAGCUGCGUCGGCGCAGCAGCGAAUUUAAUGGAACUCAGGUUUAAUACCUCGAGCUUACUCCUAGCAGGAAUAAACAACAACCAGUCAAGUCGACGUAUCAAACAUGAACUUUCAUUCCACACAUACUGACCAUCGGCAUGAGUCCAGGUGGACGCUGAAACAGUUCUAGGACCACAGUCAUUGAAUGAAAUUAUCUGCUUUGCUUUCUUCUUCUUCCUUCCCCCCCAAAUCUCCAACUGUUUUUCCCCUCUCGUUGUUCUUGGCCUUUUUCCAUGGCGCCUGGCGUCUUCUUUGUUCCAGUUGUCCGUGCCAUUAGACUGUCUUCAUCUUAAAGUUAUACCUCAGUAUAGUAGUUACAGACCAGUGUGUAGAGAAGUCAUCUGGCGGUUUUGGUUCAGGGAAUUUAUCAAGAGUGGUGUGUUGAGGUUGUGAUUCCAAACCAUUAGGACAAAUUAAGAGGAGGAAAGAAUACGAUUGCGCCUGGUCUAGUGGUUGAGAGGGAGUUGAAGACACGCUAGUUACGACAUAUUGUAACGAUUCCUUUAAAGUGAAUAACUUGGCACAUCAAACAAUUUCCUUUUAGAGUUGAAAAUUCCCAUCUGUAUUUCAUAAUUGUAAAAGCGAAAGAAAUGUUUUGCAUUUCGUGUUUUAGGGAUACCUUUUUAAGUAAAAUUUCUUUCGGCUAUUAAAAUAACUUUUUCCUAUUUCUUCCCUUGUUACUGUUAACUUCUCCCUACAUGAUAGUUCUCCAAUUAUAGUAAAAUGGUCGGUGUUGUUAUUUAUCGCACUCGCGUGUACAUGUUGUUCUUUUAAAAAGAAAAUCUCCAACGAUGGAUGCAAGGAAGAAGCAUAGCCAGCCCCUCCCUUUUUAAAAUAACUGUUUGUACCUGCAGGUGUGGGCAAAAUAGAUUACUGUACAGAGCA